AUGAAGCGAGGGCACGGCGAGUUGUUCCGUGUGGACCGCCGCUCGGGACAGAUCACUCUGAAGCAGACGUUGGACUCUCACAACCAGCUAUACUCGCUGGUGAUCGCGGCCUUCGACGGCGGCACGCCCGCGUGCGGCUCGGACGCGGCGGUGAGCGUGCGCGUGUGGGGCGGCGGCGCGGCGCCCACGUGGCGGGUGGCGCACGAGGCGCGCUCCGUGCGCGAGGACGUGGCGCCGGGCAGCGCGCUGGGGGCGCCGCUGCAGGCCCGCUCGCCUCUCAACCGCCAGCUUAUCUACACGCUGCACGACUCGCCCGACGACCUGUUCGAGCUCCACUUCGACACAGGUACUCUGGUGUCGCGCGCGGCCCUGGACCACGAGUCGGCCCGCUCCCACUCGCUGACGGUCCGCGCCACGGACGGUGUGACCGGCGCCUUCGCGGACCUCGCGCUCACACUCACCGUCACCGACGUCAACGACUGCGCGCCCGAGUUCGACACGGACGAGUACCGCGCGACCGUGAGCGAGGCCGCCGCGCCCGGGGACCGCGUGCUGCGGGUGCGGGCGAAGGACGACGACAGCGGCGACAACGGCCAGGUGAGCUACUCGCUGUCGGCGUGGGGCCCGGGCGGACAGACCGGAGAGGAGCUCGCCUUCACCGUGGACCCGGUGACGGGCGACGUGAGCGUGGCGCGACCCCUGGACCGCGAGCACCGCGCCGCGCACCACCUGCUGGUGACGGCCAGCGACGGCGGCCGGCCGCAGCUGCUCACCACCGCGCAUCUCUUCAUCACGGUGGAGGACGUGAACGACUGUCCCCCGAAGAUGGAGCGCGCGGUGGUGGCGGCGCUGGUGUCGGAGGAGGCGGCGCGCGGCGCGGCCGUGGCGCGGGUGGUGGCCUGGGACGAGGACGCGCGGGACGCGGCGCGCCUCACCUUCGCGCUGGAGGGCUCGGCGGGCGAGCGGCGCGCGCUGGCGCUGCACCCGCGGACCGGCGUGCUGUCUCUGCUGGACGCCCGCUCCUGGCUGUCUCCCUCCCGCUCGUCCCCGCGCUCCUUCAACGUGUCCGUGUCUGACGGAGCGCACGCCGCCUUUGCUAGAGUCAAGCUGUCUCUUGCGCCCGCUAACCGCGCUUCGCCUCAUUUUCCUCACGUAGUCCACGAGGCGCGCGCUCUCGAGAACCAGCCGCCGCCUCUCCUUCUUACCACGGUGAAAGCUUACGACGACGACGCCGGCGAGUACGGGACCGUGACCUAUUCUAUACCGUCGGCUAAACUACGAGAGACCUUCGCUAUAGACGCGAGCAGCGGCGCCCUCACGACCCGCGUGCCGCUCGACCGAGAGCGACGCGCGGAGUGGGAGGUGCCGGUGAUGGCGAGCGACGGGGGCGGGCUGCUGAGACACACGGCCGUGCGCGUGCGGGUCACUGACCUCAACGACAACGCUCCCACAUUUCCUCUGCGGGAGUAUCGCGCCGCGGCUAAACAUGACCGCGCGCCCGGCGUGCCCUUCCUCACGCUGUCCGCCUCCGACGACGACGCCGGGGAGAACGCUCGCCUCACCUACUCCGUGUACGAAGGAGAACUCAAGACGGACGCGGCCGGACUGUUCGCCGUGGAUCCUCUCACCGGCGCUCUGUCCUUCGCACGCAACGCUUCAGCAUUCGCGGGUCGGACGGUGCAGGUGUGGGUGCGUGCUCGUGACGGCGGCGGGCUGGCGGGCGAGGCGGGGGUCGCCGUGCGCGUGUUGUCAGCGGACGAGCGCGCGCCGCUGCUGGCCCCGCCGCCGCCCGACCUGUUCCUGCCGGAGGACGCGCCGCCCGGGACCAUCAUCGCGGAGCUGCGCGCGCCCGCCGGAGACCUGCCCGCGCUGCGCCUGGCGCCCUCACGGGAACUGAACGACCUGUUCGCGUUGGAUGCGGCCGGACGACUCGUGCUCUCUGCGCCGCUCGACCGAGAGACCGCCCAGGAACAUAUCAUAGGAAUAAUAGCGGAAGGAUCUCUCGGCUCGGAGUCGGCGACCAUGGUGACGACGAAGCUUCACGUGUUAGACGUGAACGAACACGCGCCGGCCUUCCACUCCCAGCCCUACGUGGUCCACCUCGCCGAGAACACUCCGCCCCACUCGAGCGUCCUGCGACUGAUGGCGGACGACCCUGACGCCGGUUCAAAUGGCGAGGUCAAGUAUUCGUUGGCGGACGUGGAGGGGGCGGAGGGCGGCGCGGUGCCGUUCGCAGUGGACGCGCACAGCGGCUGGGUCACCACCACGGCGGCCCUGGACCGGGAGACGCGGCCCGAGUACCGCCUGGCGCUCACGGCGCGGGACGCGGGGGCGCAGGCGAGAGUGGCGCGCGGCUCACUCGUCGUACGGCUCGUCGACUACGACGACUGCCCUCCUCGCUUCACACAGGACAUCUACUCUGCGGAGGUGCGGGAGGACGCGGCGGCGGGCACGGUGGUGACGCGCCUCACGGUCCAGGACGACGACGUGUCGGGCGCGCCGCUCAGCUACUUCGUGUCGGCGGGCGACCCGCGCGCUCGCUUCCAGGUGCGGGCGUCCGGGGAGCUGCUGGUGGCGCGGCCCCUCGACCGGGAGACCGAGCCCGCCUACUCACUGUCCGUGGCGGCCACGGACGGCAAGUUUACGGCUUACACCGAGGUGCACAUCGCCAUCAUCGACGUUAACGACAACCCGCCCUACUGUGUCCGUCACCGGUACCGCGUCCGUGUGUCCGAGGACGCUCCUCGCGGCUCCAGGCUCGUGUCGCUCCUCACUCGAGACGACGACGAGCCGCAGAACGCGAGACUACGAUACUUCCUCACGGGGGACCAGGCCGAGCACUUCACCAUACACAAGGAGCUGGGUGCGGUGAGUGUGUGGGCGCCGCUGGACCGCGAGUCCCGCGCCACCUACCGCCUCACCGCGCACGCUCAGGACCGCGAGCGCAGCGAGUGGGCGUGUAGCUCGGAGAUAGAGGUGACUCUCGAUGACGUCAACGAUAACGCUCCUCGCUUCUCGGCGCCGCUCUAUAGCGUCACUCUACCUGAAGAUGCGGAGCUGGGAACUCUCGUAGCGAAGGUUCAUGCGACUGACGACGAUCUCGGAGAAAACAGAUUAAUACGUUACUCAUUCGUCGAGCCGACGGAGGCGUUCGAACUGACCGCGGACAGCGGGAUCAUCACGCUACGGACGGCGCUGGACCGAGAGACGCGCGCCGAGCACCGCCUGCUGGUGCGCGCCAGUGACGCGGGCCAGCCGCCGCGCUCCGCCACCUGCACCGUGCGCCUCACGGUGGCCGACGUCAACGACAACCCGCCGGAGUUCGAGCUGCGACACUACCAGGCCGCCGUGCCCGAGAUCGACGCGCCCGGGACCGAGCUGCUGCGGGUCACGGCCACCUCGCGCGACACGGGCGUCAACGCUGAUGUGUAUUACUCGUUGGUUGGCGGAGACGAUAGAGAGGAUUUUUCUGUAAAUCGUUCUACGGGAAUCGUAUCCAUAGCUCGUCCUCUAGACUACGAGAGGCGGAAAGAAUACUAUUUGACCGUCCAGGCUGUAGAUGGGGGAUCGCCUCCUCUGAGCGACCACGCCACGAUCAAUAUCACCAUCAUGGACAGUAAUGAUAAUCCCCCCGUGUUCUCUCAGACUUCCUACGGAGCGAAAGUUCGAGAAGAUGCGAGCGUCGGAGUCCGCGUCGUGCAAGUGAUAGCGGACGAUGCGGACGCUGGAACCAACGGCCGCGUUACAUAUUCAAUCGCCCGCGGAGAUCGCGACAACUGUUUUACUAUUGAUGCCGAUACUGGCUACAUCUCUGUGUCCUCGAGUCUAGACCGUGAGUCCAAGCCGGCCUACGUGCUGGAGGUGCGCGCGCGAGACCGCGGGCUCCCUGCGCUGGAGGCGACCGCUGUAGUCAACGUCGAAGUCCUCGACGCCAACGAUAACCCUCCACUUUUUGAAAAAACGAACUACACGGAGAUAGUCCAAGAAAACAAACCCCUCGGACAUACUAUACUCAAGUUUAUAGUGAACGAUGCAGAUGCGCCCCCUAACUCCGCCCCUUAUACGUUCGAUUUCCAAUCUGGUAAUGAGAUGGGGGCGUUUAGACUAGAACAGGAUGGGUUUCUACGGUCAGCGACGCGAUUCAAUCAUCGAAUUAAGGACCGAUAUGUUUUACAGAUACGCGUGUUUGAUAACGGUACUCCUCCAUUAUAUUCGGAUGCUUGGGUGUACAUUAAAGUUAUCGAGGAAUCCCAGUACCCUCCUGUGGUGACGCCAUUGGAGAUUGUUGUUAACUCCUACCUCGACGAGUUCCCGGUCGACCGAGCGAGCUAUCCUGCGACUGCUCUCUUUGAGAUUGACCCGAACGAUGGAACCUUACGAGCGGCACCCAGACUAGACGUGGGAGAUUAUCGACUUAAUGUUACAGUAAACGACGGAAAGUUUGUUGGUUUUGCCAUUGUGAAAAUAACAGUUGUAUUAAUAUCGGAUGAAAUGCUUGCACAAGCAGUUGUCGUUCGCUUUCGAGAAGUGACUGAACGGGACUUCGUUCUCAGUCAUAGAAAAGGAUUCAUCAGAGCCGUGGGAGAGGCCACAGACUGUGAACCGAAUGACGUCGUUAUCAUCAGCGUGCAACCGUCGGGAGACGAAACUCAAAAGAGCCGCAUUCGGCGACAAGUUCCCCAGGACCUCGACGUCGCCUUCGCUGUUAGAGCUCAAGGCGGUGAGGACUUCCUGCUGGCUGAUACUUUAAGGCGUCGCUUACACGCACACUUAGUACGCCUGGAAGAAAGGACGCGGCUCGUCGUCGAAGAGUUAGUUCGUGCGGCGUGCGGAGGAUGUAUUCAGGGUACUUGCAGUGAGAGAGUCGUCCUGGCGACCGCGAAUGCCAACGCAGUAGCCACUGACGUAUUUUCCCUGGUAGCGCCCACCCAUCAACUGCGGGGCGAGUGUGUCUGUACGCCGGGUUACACCGGAGACAGAUGUGAGCGCGCAUACGAAGAAACCACGGCCCUCGGAGGUAUAUGUGAGUGUAAUGUCGCCAGCUGUGAUCCAGCUUUAAUCCCACCCGGUGUUCGAUGUUGUAAUAGCGAUGAAUGUCGAAUCUCUUCGUCGGUAGCUUAUUUUUCGGGAGACGGUUAUCUUGCAUACAGACUAGAACGAGGUGUAGUAGAAGGUGCUCGGUUACUCGACGACGAGCUCGUGGUCUCGUUACGAUUUCGCACACGAAGACCUCGCGGCACACUGCUUUACGCCGCUGGAAGAGUAGAUUUCGCCAUUCUGGAGAUAGUGGAGGGGCAGGUGCAAUUUCGUAUGGAACUAGGAUCCGGGGUGGCGAGGGUGCGUGCGGGCGGCGCCGUGGCCGACGGGGAGUGGCACGAGCUGCGCCUGGAGCGACGAGGAGCGGGCGUGAGGCUCGCGGUGGACCGGCGCACGGCGCAGGCGCAGGCCCCGCCGCCGGCCGCCGUGCUCGACGCUCGCGCCGACCGGCUGCUGCUCGGGGCCAUGUUGCAGCGACACGCUCAUGCUUUAGCACCUGAACAGGUAACAUACGGAUUUCACGGUUGUCUGUCUGACAUAAAGUUAAGCGGAGCCUUAUUACCUCUGGAUGAAGGAAGGACCUCUAAUGAUCUGAGAGCGCAACUAGUGCGACGAGUUCGGGUCCGCGUGUCUUCUUCGUGCCCGGCCUUGCCGCCCCCCGGUCCCUGUGCCUCGCAGCCAUGUCUCAACGGAGGCACGUGUCGAGAAUCUAUGGUCCGACCAGACGAAGUCAUCUCUUCGGCGGCCUUUGAAUGUUCGUGCCACGCUCGUUUCCUCGGCAAGCAAUGUGAGAUAGACACCGAUCCCUGCGCUUCCCAGCCGUGUCUGCACGGAGGCUUCUGCACGGCGGAGGGAGCGGGCUCCUUCCGGUGUUCGUGUGGGGCGGGGCUGGGGGGCGCGCGCUGCGAGCGAGGCCGGUGGUGCGGCGCCGGCGUGUGCGCGCACGGCGGCUCGUGCGAGGAGGGCGAGUGGGGCCCGUCGUGCCGGUGCCGCGGGUACUACGGACCGCGCUGCCAGUACGACGUGGACGAGUGUGUCGGAGAACCGUGCCUUAACGGAGCGACUUGCCUGAACGAGCCCGGAUCUUUCCGAUGCCUUUGUCCUCCGGAUAAGACAGGAAUGAACUGUGGUAAUCCUUUAUACUCUGACGCCGUCGUCGCUGGAGAUGCAGCGGGCGGAGGACGCGCUCUUCGUGAACUUUGGGCCUGGGCACUAGAGGCGCGCUGGCCGCUCGCUGUGGCCGUUAUGGCGGUCGUGCUUUUAGUGAUAUUGGCCCUACUGCCGGCGCUCUGGAGACGCUCGCGCCGUCCCCGCCCUCCUCCCGCACCUCUCAAUAGCGCCGUUGAAAAAUUGCCUCCGCGUGCUUCUAAACUGAGUAACUUAGAGGCUGUACGAAGAGGUCGGCCCGCGUCCUGCGCGGACCCGCCUCCUCUCAACAACAUAGACACCUUACGGUCGUACGGGUCCGCCGGAGACGAGCUCGAGGGUAUUCCACCGGAUUAUUUGAGAAACUUAAAUAUCGAUUCCGUGGACCGCAAACCCUGGUCGGAACAGAUGCAUCUGCACACUUUCGUCGAUAACAAAAUUUAUAACGACCUGAAGGGCUGCAACACGCUGGUCCGCCUCGGGUCGCCGGCGGGCGCGCGGCGCGGCACGGGCGAGCCUCAUAUGGUGGGCGGCUACCACUGGGACUGCUCGGACUGGUGCGGCGGCGGCGCGCUGCCCGGCAUCAGCGAGGUGGCGGGCUCCGAGCGGCCGGACUCGUCCUCCGCCCCCUCCCCGCCCUCGCCCCGCUCGCCCCGUCCCCCGAGGCGCCCCCCGCCCCUCCCUCUGGACACCGACUCGGCGACGGAUGACCUGGAUCCUCUCCGUUUCACGGACGCCUCGUCGUAUCUGUUGCACGCGGACGAGUUCUCGGCGGCGGGUGAGGACGCCACUCUCCGCGCGCGCUCCGUCCGCGAGCCGGACGCGCACAGCCUCAUCACCAUGCUGGAGGAGCGUCAUUCGUUGCUGGACGACUCGUGCAGCGACCUGUCCGCCAACCUGUGCGAGAUAGAGGAGUCGGAGGCCGAGGACGCGCCCGGCGACACGCGGCGCCACACGGACGUGUGA